AUAAAACUGGCAACUAUGCGGAACAAGCGAGGUGUGCAAGUAGUUCGGUACGCAGAAUAGUACCUCGACAUCAGCGACAUCAGCCUUUACAUUGAAAGAUUUCAGAAAACAAUAAUAAAUUCAUCUGACUAUAAAAGAAAUACAUAGUUCAAUAGCUCCGGAGUGACAAACCGGAUUAUUGUUGGGAUGUAAACAAAUCCCCGAUGCGAAAAUUUCGAGAUUGAAUUGAUUUCUUGACGGUGGAAGAUCUAGCAUGGGAUGGAAGCAACCGAGUUAUUUAUGAAAAUAUGUGGAGAUGAAUACUAAAAUUAUUCCUCAUGGUGAACAAGGGAAAUUACUAGGCAACACAAGAAAUUGUCCAUAUCAGGUGGUAGAAACUGUAAAGAUGCUCAAAAUGGAGUGCGAUUGCUUUCCCAAAUUGUUCAGUGACAUGGAAGAUGCUGACUACUAUAUACAGGCAGCCAAACGACUACAGAAGAAAAACAACGGAUACAAAUUAAAAAUUAUAGUUAUUCCGUGGUAUUCAUGUGUUAUGUGUGUUAUUUCAAAUAAACAUGAUAAUAGGUAA